AUCUGCAAGUAUCGUUUCUCGAGCCAUAUCUGAUGUUAGAAAUAUGGAAGCUCAUAAUCGGCGAUCAGGGUUCGAAUGUGGGUCACGUCAUAGAGCACAUUUUAGGAUGGGUCGAAUUCACAACCCUGGGAAGAUCGCGCCUCUUCUCCUCACAUGCAUCUGAAAACAUGUUGGGCUACCAAAAUUUGCAAUUUGUGGAACCGCCCAUAUGAGGUGGUUUGCAGGACCCACUUUUUUUGUCUUUUGAUCCUUGGAUUUAUUCCUGCUGCUCCGUUUCCCCCUCACCAACCCUUAGUGCGUCUGCUCCGAUGUCGAUGUCGGUAACCGAUUUAUUUCUUUCUUCCUCCUUUACCUUUGACAGUAAUCGAUUCUAUUCUCUUGUCUAUCAUUCGCGGUAUGGAUGAUGGCUAUGUUUAUUUUCCAGAACAUCUCCUAAUUUGGCGAAUGGUUUAGCUUGACUUAGAAUGCGUGGAAGUUUAGGAGUGAAUCCUCAAAAACUUGAACAAGAGGAUCUUGGUGGAGGAAUUGUUCGAGGAUCGUGGUUCUAGAUGAGAGAAGCAUUCCCUUCACGGCGGCUUUAUUCCUUGUCACUGUGCUGUAGUGUUACAAGACAACACUAGGUGCUAAUUUAUGCCGAUCCCGUAGUUUAGGGUAAAGUGUGUGCGUAAAACCGACAAUUGACAUAAGGCUUUGAGACUUUGAAGAAGAUAAUGGCGCUCUGAUUGGGCAAUUCAACAACCCAGCUCCUCACAAACUCGAUGAAAAUUUGUGGAAAAACCGAGAGAUGAUUGAAGAAAUGCUUCAUCUUUUGUCAAAGAGGAAGUGGCCUUCGUCGCUGAAGGGUAAUGUUUCUUCCGAGUUGGAGCCAGUUGCAGAGCGCAUUAAAAAGAUGGAGGUUGGCUUGCAACAGUUGCUGGAUAAACUUGUAGCAUUUCAGAAAGUUCAAAGUGAAAGGAUUUUCAGCAUGGUUCUUACGUAUAUGCCUCAAGAUUUCCGAUUGACCUAUCUCAAACAAUAUCGGGAGCGUUCUGAGAAAAAGAAACAAGCCGAAGUUGAUAAUCUAAUGGCAUCUGGGGGAAGUAUUCACGACAAAUAUGUACUUCUCUGGAGCCAGCAAAUGGAAAGACGGCGUCAAUUAGCGCAGCUAGGUUCUGCUACUGGUGUUUUUCGAACACUUGUCAAGUAUCUUGUAGGGUGCCCUCAGGUGCUAUUGGAGUUUGUUUGUAAAAUCAAUGAUGACCAUGGGCCAAUGGAGGAGCAGAGAGAGCGAUAUGGACCUUCUCUAUACAAGCUGACUACCUUCGCAGUUGCUUUACGAGUUUUUCUUGCAGUGUGGUGGUCUGCAUUCGAUUGUGAAGACAUAAGUAGGGAGGAGAUGCUGGAGGUUCUGGAGCAGUCAGUGGAGGCUUACAAAUUCGACUUUACACGUUAUCUUGACUUCAUGCAGGAAGUGUUCAAGAACUCUCCCUUCUUCAUUACUCCUGAAGAAGCAGGAAUAGCAGCUUCUGCUGAUCAAGAUUAUAAGGAGGCAACCAUUGCUGCAGGGAAAACACAUGAGGUUAUUCUGCCAGUGAAAUAUGAGGGUGCAUUGGUUGCCUGGGAUUUUCGAUUAACUUCUGGAAAGGAUAUUGGGUUCAGCGUGGAGUUAGUUGAUUCAUCUAGAGCAACAAGGCCCAUGUUUCCAUAUCAAAGAUAUGAAACUCAUCAGGGCAGUUUCCAAUCUCCGUGUGUUGGAAAUUACAGGCUGGUCUGGGAUAAUACUUAUUCUAACUUUUAUCGCAAGUACUUGCGUUACAAAGUAGACGAGAUUCCGCCAGUGCUAGAGGAGGCAGUUAUCGAAGGGACAGAAGUAUCCACAAGUUCUGAUUCCACUCUUACCUGAAAUUUGAUCAUUUAGUGAAGCUAGGACUUGUACUUCUGGAGCAAUGGAGGCCAUUGUAUAUGAGUUAAAGACCUGCUCCAAGCUUGAGUUUAAAUUUGUAUUCUUACCUCAUUUUCAUGGCUUAGUACAGUGAACACAAUUGGUCCACCUCCUAGGAACAUUUCCAGAGGGUAAGAUCUGGAUGAAGAGUUAGAAAUCCCCUCACUUGGCCUCAGAACUGUUGACAGUUUUGGGUUACCACAUUACUGAAGACAGGGAAGGCAAUCCAGAUGCAAAUGGUUGAGCCUCUACAGCAUUUGAUUUUAUAGUUCAGGCUGACGUUUAGCAGCCGUCUCUAGUACUGUGUUCAUCGUAUUCAUGAACGACCUAGUUAUGUUUAUCUUAUUAUAAAUCUUCAUUCAGUCAAUGAAAAAGGGAAUGUACGGAAUAGAAUGUUUCAUGUUUUUUCUUUAGUUGUAUUCUUUCAUGCUGUUGGCAAUAGCAUUGUUAUGACAAACAAUAAACACGCCUGUUAACGUU